ACUAAACUAACUUCAUUUAUACUGGAUAGCUCUAUCAGUUCUAAACUGUUCUUCCUAGAGGUCCAGUAAGGAUCAUCGCUUAUUGAUCCAGUGGUUAAUUUACCGAAACUAAAGCAACUUAGUCUACUGCUGCUAGUGUUAGAGAAGACCCUACUCGUUACAAAGAACAGAUCAUUACUGGGGUCUGUUAAUCAUGCGUGAAGGCUUUGCCACUUAACUGAAUGACUGAAGAGGAUCUACGUCAAUGGAAGUUUCUGCUUCAAUGGAUGAAAUAAAUACAACUGGUCGUGUCGGCGAGAAAGACGAUUAUAAAUAAUGCCAGGAAAAAAAGAAAAUAUUGAUUUGUGAUAUUGAUUGUAUAUCUCAUUUCCAGGCGAGGAAAUGGUAAACAUCACUUGAAGUCAUUUCGUACAAAAAGCUUUGAAAGCACGGCUGUGGGACUGCCUGAAUUUGGUCGGAAAGCGCAACCCAAAUAUGACCAAAUAUGACCACCUCGUUUUCAGGUUACUGUCUCGUGUCCAGUCAAGCAAGUGUAUUGGCGGAACACAUCGAGAUGCAGCUCAUAGUUGCUUUGGUCGCUGUGCAGAGCAGACGAAGAAGGAAGGAAAAGACACAGAAGAACACAUCAAAAGAUCACAGAGAAAUUUAUAUUUGGAAAAAAUGAGCACUGUUCUAUUUUUGCUGGCCAUAUUGCUGACCUUCCAUGGCGGAUCAUGCGCAGAUAUUUCGCUGCAAGAGAUGAUUGAAGAGAUGUCCAGAAAACUUGAUGAAUCCGAUAAACGCAUAACAGAUCUUUUACGUCAUACCAUGCAACUAGAGUUGUUUGUCGCCGAAAGAUUCCGUUCGUCAGGUCAAAGUGGUCUGAAAAAAGUGCGUCUCUCAAACGAAGGAACAAAGUCGUAUCACGCCGACUCGUUCAUCACCGGAAAACGUAUUUCCUCGAUUCACGAUCACUCCAACAAUGUCCGUACUGUUGGUAUUGGCGAAAUAAUUGCUGUUAUGAAUGGGGUUGAAUUCCGAACCCGGCACAAUGACUACCGGCUAUAUAUGCCUGCCAAUACCCCGGGGUAUCAUGCCACUCAGGAUAUACCGUUUCCCGAUGUACCACCGGAGGUUUUAGCCCUCGAGCCCGAUAUACCUGCAGCAGUUGAUGAGAUGAUCGAAUGGUUCAAAGCUUGGCGCGAUCAGAACUACACAGUUCGUGAUUAUAGACCAUACUUUAAGCCAUUAUUAUGUUACAUGGAAGGUUCCUGGAUUCAUGCAACAGAUACAAUCGAAGAGCCUUUCGAGAGCGACCGACAUUUCGUAGAUGCCACCAGCUGGUCUGAUCUAGAGCGCAAAGUACGGUUCACGUCUUAUGGAGGAAGGAAAGAUAACCUGGAAAAUUUCGCCUACCUACCUACUACAAUCAUUGAUUUGGUGAAUGACACUCAUCCCGUUUUCGCCCAGUGGAAUUAUAGAAUCAUGUGCCACCCUUUGAGUAACGAUCUGCCUCUCAAUAGACUACGUAGUGUGGAUGAUCUGCAAUCACGAAUCACUUACAAGAGAACAUUAGAAGAGCAGGCAGCGACACGAGCAGGAAGAUUCCAGAUUAAUCCUGUUGAUGAUGACGAAUGGAAGGAUAGAUUCUCGAGAUUUGGUUUCUUGGACAAACUGAUGGGUGAAAUUCCAGGAAAAGAUAACUAUGGUGCAUACAUUGAAGACAAUGCCCUGGGGCAGUUGGCAAGGUCUAUGGACCCAGACCAUGAGGGUGAUGUAUUAAACGCCGCCUACUAUCACAGGUAUUACAAAGUGAACGAGAGAGGUGCUAUGGGACAACAGCUCAGACACAGAGGAUUCUCCGAUUCCAAUUUAUGGAUGGCAAUGACAACUCAAGAGGAAGUGGCAGGCAUGUCUCUUGAGCGCUGCAAGGGUUCGGGCAAAAGACUAACUUGCGAAACCGACAGUCAGAAAUGGAGCUACGCUUUUCCUCUUGAAAUCAUCUAUCUGACGCCACUGAAUCGCUGGAACCCGUACAAUCUUGAAUACAAAGGCAAGUUCAAUUCGGACGAGGGAAAGACAGUGAAAGAAGGCAUCCGAAAUGGUGGCUAUGAGGUGGACACGGCAUUCAACGGGCUCAACAGCAAAAACUACUACAUCACGCCGACCGAAAUGUUUGAAAGUGACGAGAAGAAUAAAGACGAAGCUGACACCACCCAGGGUGAGGUAGGGGUACUCACUCCCGAGGGUCACGUUGCCCGGGUUCGAGCUUCUGGUAUACGAGCUUUCUUCCCGAACAUCCCGGGGGUUGGUGUCCUGCGUCAAAGAUACCCAAUAAUGCCUGUGCAUGACGAGGGAUCUACAACUUGGAAAGAGUUGGAAGCACUUGAGGACAUGAUCAUGGGCACCCAGACAUUCGGAGCGUUGUUUAACGAGCCGCUAACACCAGCGUCGGACACAAUGAUUGCGAUAAAUAAUCUGGACAAACCAAUAACAAUCAGGACUGGCCAGUCUUGGAGUAGAGACAUCUUACAUCACACCCACGACCUCGAGCUAGAGGCGGAUGAGGUUGAAAAAAUCAAGGCAGGAGGUAUUGUCACGAAAUUUUCCUCGGAAAUCCAGGGACACGCUCACGAGAUCAUGGUUGCUUGGCAUGAAAACAACGCUGGCUUCUAUAUUUCGGCUUGUGACGGGGAUAUGGGUCCAUGGGUUCUUGCGAAGAAGUGUUUUGACAAACAUGAAGCAAUGAUGACAAUCGUAUGAGAUCACUGAGUAGUUUUAGAAAUGAAUUCUCGAGGAUCCAAUUAGUUUUGUAGUGAUUCACAAUCAGCCUGAGAGCAGAUUGAAAAUUAGUAAUUAUGUGAUUUAGAGGCAAUGUUUUAAGAUGGCGAGUGGCGACCAUGCAUUGUAUGAGACCAGUAGUUUUAUAGAAAUGUUUUCUCGCGGGUCUAAUUAGUUUUGUAAUGAAGGGUUGUAGUUUUUCACAAUCUGCCUAAGAGCAGAUUGAAAAUUAGUAAUUAUGUGAUUUAGAGCAAUGUUUCAAAUGGUCUCUCGCGGGCUUAAUUAGUUUUGUAAUCUGUAGAACGAAGGGGGUGGUGAUUCACAACGAGACACUGUAGUACUUUGUCAUUUAUGCUGGAAACAAAUCAUUAAUUAUAGACACUUUAGACUAUUAGAUGUUUCUCUAAGCUUGACUUUAUUCUCUUUAUUUAAGAAUCCACCAAGCCCUCAUAUGAAUGG